GAUCUGGUCCCUUCCCGGGGGUGAUCGACAUGUUUGGGGGUGCCGGGGGGCUCAUCGAGUUCCGGGCAGGGCUCCUGGCCAGCCGGGGUUUCGCCGUCCUGGCUCUCGCCUUCUUUGCCUACGAGGACCUGCCCAGUUCACUUGCCCAGCUCGACAUGGAGUAUUUUGAGGAGGCGGCCGAGCUGCUCCUCAGGCACCCCCAGGGGCCCGGAGUCGGGCGGGCCCCCGCCCGGGAGGGACGUGUCCGCGGGGCCCUCUUCGUGCCCCCCGGAUCUGGUCCCUUCCCGGGGGUGAUCGACAUGUUUGGGGGUGCCGGGGGGCUCAUCGAGUUCCGGGCAGGGCUCCUGGCCAGCCGGGGUUUCGCCGUCCUGGCUCUCGCCUUCUUUGCCUACGAGGACCUGCCCAGUUCACUUGCCCAGCUCGACAUGGAGUAUUUUGAGGAGGCGGCCGAGCUGCUCCUAAGGCACCCCCAGGUACGAGGCCCCGGCCUGGGCGUCAUUGGUGUCUCCAAAGGAGCAGAGGUGGCCCUGGCCAUGGCCACCUUCCUCCCACAGGUGGUGGCCACGGUGUGGAUCAACGGCACGGCCUUCCUGCACGGCAACCCCUUGGUCUACAAGGACCUCCACAUCCCCCCCAUCCCCUACUUCACCGAGCGGGCCCUCAUCACCGAGAUGGGAGUCCUGGACAACUUUGCUGUCCUCGGUGACCCCCAAGACCCUGCCUACAGCUCCUCGGCCAUCCCCGUGGAGAAGAUCCGUGGGAAGGUCCUCUUCGUGGUGGGGGAGGCUGACAGGAGCACCAACAGCAAGCUCUUUGCCCAGCUGGCCAUGGCAAGGAUGGCCCCGGGGAGUUGUCGUCUCCUUUCUUACCCAGGGGCCGGGCACUUGAUCGAGCCCCCCGGGUCCCCCUUCUGCAGUGCCUCCAGCAUUCGGGGUGCCCCCCGGCCCUUGGCUUGGGGGGGUGAAGCCCAACCCCACGCUGAAGCCCAGGAGCACUCCUGGCAGGAGAUCAUCCGGUUCUUGGAGCUUCACCUGGGUCCUGCUGCCCCCGUGAAGCUCUGA